UUUUUUGUCAGAUGCAAAGUUUCCACAAACUGUUAACCGUGAACUUGUUUCUAUGUACAGAUCAACAAGAUAAAAUGAAGAAGAAAAAAAAACACAAACCUCUGAUGAAAGAUAUGCAAAAUAAAUAAAUAAGAUCCAGUUUAAAAAUCAGUAUCAGUGAUCUUGCACCAUUAAUGGGGUUGUAUAACAAGAAAAACCUGAAGUAAAUCAUUAGUUAACUAUUCUAACUUUCCUCCACAGCAAAUGACGGGUGUGACAUUUGGAUAAAACCAGUAAGGAGUACAGGUCCAAGGCUGAUGUGAUAAUACGUGUGUUUAGUAACUUUUUAAGUUUUGGUGCACAUUCUGUUCAAACUCACUAAAGGACACAAUUCCUGGAGCAGUGAAUCAUUCAGUCCUGCAGGAUGUCUCAGGCAGACAGCAAGGUGCUGGUUCUGGGAGCGUUGGCUGGAGUAGCUGGCAUCAGUCUGGCUGUGGUGUGUUACCAGGGAUUUAGGUCAAGACGAAGAAACUCCUGCCCAGGGUUCUACCUCAAUCGCACUAAUGAACAGGGGAAUGGCAUCAUGUUAGUGGACGGGCCAGGUCUUUCGUCAGGUCAGGCUGAGGUGCUGGAUCGCCUUGAGGCCCUGAUCCGGUGUGUGUCCGAGCUGAAGGAUGAGAUGAAGUCGUUGAAGAAUGCUCUGCCGACGCUGCAGGAUCAUGUCAGGGAGGAGCUGCGAGGACGUGAUGAGGCGCGUCGAGCCAGCUCUCUCCACAGGACUACACCGACACGAAGGAAAAGGGCCGCAGCUACCCUCACUGGGGCCAGAGCUGGGGGUCGAAGCUCGGAGGAAGCGGAGAGUGAGGGAGGGUAUAUGACUGCACUGACAGACUCUGAGGAAGAAGAGCUGAGUGAUGCAGAACAGAGAGAUGAAGAACAACCUGCAGACAAGUUAUCUGCCCUCCUUGAGAGGAUCGACUGUUUGCAUCAGGGCACUGAAUCUGACAAAAGGGAAAGUCUCAACAUCCUUUUGGAGCUGAGAGAGGAGUUUGGACAGAACUCAGCAUUUCUUUGGCGGCUAACGCGAGCAUACUGCGAUGUUCAUGACAUCAGCUCCACGCUGGAGGAGAAGAAGACCCAUGCAGAAACUGGGAAGAAAGUUGGUGAGGAGGCAGUGAGCCUGAACCCUACAUGUGCUGAAAGUCAUCAGUGGUAUGCCAUCAUGUGUGGCAUUAUGGCAGAAUAUGACACAGUACAGAACAAAAUAAAGAACGGAUACCUCUUUAAGGAUCAUUUGGAUAAAGCCAUUGAGCUGAAGCCACAAGACCCCAUGUCCUACUACCUUCUGGGCCGCUGGUGCUACGCUGUGGCUCAGUUGUCAUGGAUUGAGAGGAAAGUUGCUGCAACAUUAUUUGGAGAGCCUCCAAGUGCUACAGUUGAGGACGCAUUGAAGAAUUUUCUUAAGGUUGAGGAGAUCCAUCCAGAAUAUUCCAAACUCAACUAUGUGUUUCUAGCUAAGUGCUACAAGGACCUCGGACAGAGUCAGAACGCUAGGAAGAUGUGUCAAGCUGCUUGUUCAAUGAAUGCUGUGUCCAAAGAGGAUGAAGAGGCACAAAAGGAGCUGGACUUACUCUGCCCAGCACUUGGAGUGUGACAACAGCAACAGCAUUGAAAAUGGAUAUAUCAUGCGCUGUGGGUGUGUGCGUGUGUGUGUGUGGGUAUAUUGAGAGGCCAUCAUGUUAAUUCACUCUGUGAGUGGAGGAAAUUUUUGUGUGGCAUUAUAUCAUCAAUAUUAGGCAUGUGGCUACCACAGAUAGAAUCAUCCUUUAGUUUUAUCUUCCAAUCAAAUAUAAUGUAAUUUUGUUUUAUUUUUUUAUUAAUGUGGAAAACAAAUUUUUCAUACCUGGUUGUACCAAAUCGGUGAAAUAAUUGUU